AUGGAUAGUAUGUUUUGUAAACACUGCUUACUACUGUCUUUUCUCAUUUUUUUCAGUAACUUGGAUCCACUUACAGAAACUUAUGGGAUUCCUUUUUAUUUACAGUAUCUUGCCCAUUGGCCAGAGUAUUUCAUUGUUGCAGAGGCACCUGGUGGAGAGUUAAUGGGCUAUAUUAUGGGUAAAGCAGAAGGCUCAGUUGCUAGGGAAGAAUGGCAUGGGCAUGUCACAGCUCUGUCUGGCCCAGAAUUUCCACGCCUUGGUUUGGCUGCUAAACUUAUGGAGUUAUUAGAGGAAAUCUCAGAAAGAAAAGGUGGAUUUUUUGUUGAUCUCUUUGUAAGAGUAUCUAACCAAGUUGCAGUCAACAUGUACAAGCAGCUGGGCUACAGUGUAUACAGGACGGUCAUAGAGUACUAUUCAGCCAGCAACGGGGAGCCCGACGAGGAUGCUUAUGAUAUGAGGAAAGCACUUUCCAGGGACACUGAGAAGAAAUCCAUCAUACCAUUACCUCAUCCUGUGAGACCUGAAGACAUUGAAUAACCAUGGGCAGUGGUUCUUAGGUUGAUGCUCCAGAUAUUUUAUGGACAAUAUUAUUUUCAUUGGAUGGCAUUAGAGUUCUGUUAGAGAAAAGUGCUCAUUUAGAUCUUAAAGACUUCAAGAAAAUGUUUUAAAUUUUACUGUUUCCAGGUAGCAACAUCAUACCUACUGAAGCUGUCCAUUGUAAUAAAAUUCAAUCAGAAAGGCAGCUAAGUCAGAUGGAAACAUUCUAUCAGAGUUCAUAAUAUUCACUAUAUGCUAGGGGGAAAAAAGCCCCAAUCUCCUCAUAAAUUCUAUGCCUGAGAACCACUGCUGCAUAUAUAUAUAUUUUUUUUAUUUUGUAUUGAACUAUUGAUUGAAGCUUUAAAACCAUAUAUGAAAUGUUAAAUCUAAGAUGUAUAAUAAAGUGCACUGUUGACUCUA